AUGGAUGUGUAUCCUCCUGCUGGUACCGAGGUCAAUGCCUCUUUAUUCCCGCCAGAGUCUGUGGUCGGAUUCCCCGGACCAACACCUUCAGGUGUAGAGCCCAAUGCUAUCCAGACUGCGCCGGCCUAUCCGUACAACGAGCAAGCUGCGUUUUCGUGGCCUCUGAUCAAGCCAAAGCCACACGGCAGCGGUUCUCAGUCGUCUGACUUUGAUAUUGCUAAAUACUGGGGCAAUCUCAGUCCAUGGUACUCUGUUCAAAGCGCCGACUACGGCCUGCCAAACGCCAGCCCUCUGAUCCCAGAUGGGUGCGAGAUCACGCAAAUGCACCUGCUGUACCGUCACGGAGCCAGGUAUCCCACCAGUGACGCUGCCCCAGCCAAGUUUGCUGCCGAGCUUACGAAAGCCGCCAAAACCGGCCUUUCGUUCUCUGGUGAGCUCGCUUUUUUGAACAACUGGAAGUACAGGCUUGGUGCCGAGCUUCUCACACCAUCGGGUCGCAGCGAAAACUUUAUGCUGGGAAUCGAGUAUCGCCAGCUGUAUGGCCAUCUCCUGAACAACUUCACGGCAGCGGGAAAGAUCCCCGUCUUCAGGACCGAGAGUGAAGACCGCAUGGUCAAGACUGCCGAGAACUUUUGUGCCGGUUUCUUCGGCGUGCCCGAGUACAUGACUGAAGUCAACCUCGAGAUAGUCGUCGAGGCUGAUGGCUUCAACAACUCGGGCGCGCCCUACGAUGUUUGCAACAACUCCAACAUUGACUCUCGAGGCAGCAUCGGCGACACGGUAGCAGCCGAAUUCGCAAAAAAUGCUUUCAACGGCACACUCGCUCGCCUGCAGUCCCAAGCCAACGGCAUCAAAUUUACGUCCAAGGACAUCAUUUCCAUGCUUGAUCUCUGCGCCUACGAAACCCACGCACUGGGCUACUCGUCCUUUUGCAGCCUCUUCAGCGAGCAAGAUUUCCUCAACUACGAAUACUUCUUCGACCUCACCUUCUACUACGACAACGGCCCUGGCUCUCCUGUUUCGGCUGCCCAAGGCAAAGGUUACCUGGAUGAAUUCAUCGCUCGCUUUACACACACGGUUCCCGAGCCCAACUCUGCGCUCAACGAGACCAUGGAUAACUCGUCGACGUACUUUCCGCUCGACCAGUCCAUCUACGCCGAUGCCACGCACGAGGUCGUUGUCCUGGAUACACUGACUGCUUUCAACUUUACAGCGCUAUUUAAAGGUCCGCCGCUGAGCCCCAAGGCGAACCAAGGCCAGAACACGUUUGUAGCGAGUAAGCUCGUGCCGUUUGCAACGCAUUUCACAACCCAGGUCAUGAGUUGUCCGGCCAUGGUACCGACGAAGCAGAUUCGCUUCCUGAUCAACGACGCCGUCAUCCCCCUCCACGAAUCCCAUCCUGGCUGUCCCGAAGACGCAAAUGGACUUUGCUCCUUCGACAAUGUCGUUGACGUGCUCAAGAAGCGCAGUGCCGAAAUCGACUUUGACUAUGAUUGCUUUGCGAAUUAUACUGCUGUCCCCGGCGUCGAUUAUAAUGGGCGUGCUCCCCAGGUCGUCAUGUGA